ACCUUUCUUUUCCUCCACAGUAUUUGGAAAAGCAAUACAGACUCUAUCACGAGUGAGUGAUGACCUGUGGCUAGACCCAUCUGAGAAAGGUCUUGCUCUGAGGUCUGUGAAUUCCUGUCAUUCAACAUAUGGCUAUAUUCUGUUCUCAUCUUUGUUUUUUCAACAAUAUCAAUGGUCACCCUCAGCCACGAUGAAUUUAAAUUGCAAAUUGCCAAUAAAGUCAAUUCUACCAAUCUUUAGAUGUCUGAAUUAUCUUGAAAGAAGUGUAGAGAAAUGCAAAAUAGUCACCAGAUCAGAUAAAUGCAGAGUCGUCAUUCAGUUCUUCUGCAGGCAUGGUAUUAAAAGAACUCACAAUGUGUAUUUCCAAGACAGCCAGCCCUUGAAAAUUCUCUUUGAAAAGAGUGUGUGUGCCAAUAUCCUGAUGAUUAAACCAAGGUUGCUGGCUGAGGCCAUUGUUCUUCUAACGUCAAAUCAAGAGGAAGUCACCUUUUCUGUUACUCCAGGGAGUUUCUGCCUCAAGAGUUCGAGUGGAGAAUCCCUGGAUUUAAGCAGUUCUGUGUACAGUGAGAUGUCCUUUGGCCCUGAAGAGUUUGACUUCUUUCAAGUUGGACUCGAUACUGAAGUAACAUUUUGCUUUAGAGAACUAAAGGGGAUCCUCGCCUUUUCAGAAGUGAUGCAUGCUCCUAUAUCCAUCUACUUUGACUUUCCUGGGAAACCCGUGCUUUUGAGUAUUGACGACAUGCUCUUGGAGGCGAACUUUAUCCUGGCCACGUUAGUGGAUCAGCCAAGCAGAGUGUCUUCACCACAGUCACUGUGUCUUUCCCAGGUACAAAGAAGGUUAGACCCCACACAGUCAAAUGCCCAGGUGGGUAAAAGCCAAGCUAGCCAGACCCCAGAGAGCAUCUCUCGAGCAGCCCCCAAAAGGUUGUUUCCCAAGGAGCCUCUGGACAGCAGCUCUGCAACAGAGACCAAGAGAGCCAGCACCAACCAGGACAACAUCUCCGAAGUGCUUGAAAGUGUGGUCAGCGACAUGGAGGAGGGGCCAGGCCCGUCACACCUCAGGAAGUUUUCCUGCAUGUUCUUUGGAGCAGUUUCUUCUGAGCAGCAAGAACAUGCCGGCCACCCCUUGGACAGCUUAGCGACAGCAAGUGACAGUGAAGAGGAUGCGAGUGGAUAAGUAUCCACAGCUCAGCGAUAGCUGCACUGGGUGCUGGGCCCUGGCUCCUUGAAGGCCAAGGGAGAAUGGAGCAGACAUUGGCCCUGGCUUUUUUAGAGACGGUGUCUCUACUCUUCCCAAUAUCAGGGUGCACUACAAAUCUAUUGUGUCACUUGGGGACAGAGCCAGAGGCACAGGAAUGAACUUAUCAGGAUUCUGAGACACCACUGUUUACUCUGCAGCCUUGACAAUGUCCUCUGCCGGUUCCUAAAGGGCUUUCCUCAGCAUUGGGGAGGGUGUGGGGCUCUCAAGAGCCCCUAGGACUCUUCUGUACAUGUCUGCAGACAACAGUCAUGC